AUGUCAAAACCAGUUCAACCAAUACGAUGGAAACCUUUAGAACUUAUCGGCGUUCUGACUUAUCUAAAUAAUAAUUUUGAGCUGUGGUGUGCGAAUCAUCGUAAUGCUUGCAAUAUGGCGAUUAGGGAAACCAAUAUCAAUCGAGACGAAAAAGCUACUUAUGCUAAAAUUUACAAUUUGAUUAGGGCAAUGGAAGAAUUUCAUCAAUCAGGUAGGAAGCCAUCGUCUUAUAAUGUCAUGUGGGAAGAUAAAAAUAUCUACGAUUUAGUAGAAAAGAUGUACAACAAAUCAAAAAUGAAACAGGAAAGUGAAAAAGGUAAAGAAAUUACAGUUGACGAUGACAUUGAGAUGAGCAUAAGCGAUGAUCAAACAAAUAUUGAUAUCAUGUCGCAAUCAAUUGCGCCUUUAUCAAUUGAGGCAGUGAACAAACUUUGUGAUGAGAAAAUUAAUCAAGUUUAUGAAAAUCAAGCCUUGGUUAUCAAAAAGAUUGAGGAAGCCAAUGAUACAUUUGAAAAGUCAAAUGUUAAAAUUUUUUAUUCGGCUGAGAGAGCUAAAAGUAUAUGCGACGAGAAAUUGAGCAAAAUCGGUCAACUUCGAUCCGAACUUAUCGAAAUGAUCAAUAUUGCUAAUGCUAAAUAUGAAGAAUUAAAAAACUUUCAAUGA